ACGAACAAAUUUCCUUGGUUAACAAUAAUUGUAGUCUUACCAAUAUUUGCGGGUUCCUUAAUUUUCUUUCUUCCCCAUAAAGGAAAUAGGGUAAUUAGGUGGUAUACUAUAUGUAUAUGCAUGUUAGAACUUCUUCUAACAACCUAUGCAUUCUGUUAUCAUUUCCAAUUGGACGAUCCAUUAAUCCAACUAGUAGACGACUAUAAAUGGAUCAGUUUUUUUGAUUUCCGUUGGAAAUUAGGAAUAGAUGGACUGUCUAUAGGCCCCGUUUUAUUAACAGGAUUUAUCACUACUUUAGCUACCUUAGCGGCCUGGCCUAUUACUCGGGAUUCUCGAUUAUUCCAUUUCUUGAUGUUAGCAAUGUACAGUGGUCAAAUAGGAUCAUUUUCUUCUCGGGACCUUUUACUUUUUUUCAUCAUGUGGGAAUUAGAAUUAAUUCCGGUCUAUCUACUUUUAGCCAUGUGGGGAGGGAAGAAACGUCUCUAUUCAGCCACAAAAUUUAUUUUGUACACGGCGGGGGGCUCCAUUUUUCUCUUAAUGGGAGUUCUGGGUAUCGGUUUAUAUGGUUCUAAUGAGCCAACAUUAAAUUUUGAAACAUCAGUUAAUCAAUCGUAUCCUGUGGCUUUGGAAAUAAUAUUCUAUAUUGGAUUUUUUAUUGCUUUUGCUGUCAAAUCACCGAUUCUACCGCUACAUACAUGGUUACCAGAUACCCACGGAGAGGCGCAUUACAGUACUUGUAUGCUUCUAGCCGGAAUUUUAUUAAAAAUGGGAGCGUAUGGAUUGAUUCGGAUUAAUAUGGAAUUAUUACCACACGCUCAUUCUAUAUUUUCUCCUUGGUUGAUGAUAGUAGGCACACUACAAAUAAUCUAUGCAGCUUCAACAUCUCCCGGCCAGCGUAAUUUAAAAAAAAGAAUAGCCUAUUCCUCCGUAUCUCAUAUGGGUUUCAUACUUAUAGGAAUUGCUUCUAUAACCGAUACGGGACUCAAUGGAGCUAUAUUACAAAUAAUAUCUCAUGGCUUUAUUGGUGCUGCACUUUUUUUCUUGGCAGGAACGAGUUAUGAUAGAAUACGCCUUGUUUAUCUCGACGAAAUGGGCGGAGUAGGUAUCCCCAUGCCAAAAAUAUUUACGAUGUUCAGUAGCUUUUCCAUGGCUUCCCUUGCAUUACCGGGUAUGAGUGGUUUUGUUGCAGAAGUUAUAAUCUUUUUAGGACUAAUUACAAGCCAAAAAUAUCUUUUAAUGCCCAAAAUAGCUAUCACUUUUGUAAUGGCAAUUGGAAUGAUAUUAACUCCUAUUUAUUUAUUAUCUAUGUCACGGCAGAUGUUCUAUGGAUACAAAUUAUUUAAUACUCCAAACUCUUUUGUUUUUGAUUCUGGACCGCGCGAGUUAUUUGUUUCCAUCUCCAUUUUUCUACCUGUAAUAGGUAUUGGUAUGUAUCCCGAUUUUGUUCUUUCGCUAUCAGUUGACAAGGUUGAAGGUAUUUUAUCUAAUUAUUUUUAUAGAUAG